CUACAUUAUUGUUGAAUGGAAAUGUCUUCAAUUUAAGUAUAAAAGGUUUAACACAUCCCGCAUUAUUGUCAGUUAACAGCAGUUACAACAAGUGUUGAAAUAAAAAUUAAAAAAAAAAUAAAUAAAAACAGAAAUACCGUUAAAACUUAAAUUUAAAAAGGAUUAAAUAAAAUGUUUCGCAUUAAUUGUAUAUCGUUGUGUUUUUUCGUUUGUACAAUAAAUUUUCUAUACGGAAGCGUUUACGCUGUUCCAAAGUAUGAUACAAGUGCAAAAUCUUAUAACGAUAAAAAUGAAUGGAGUCGCUCAUUCUAUAAUGAAAAUAAAACGCAACAAUUCGAGCAGGACAGCUCAACAACUAAAGAUCGUUUGCAAAGAUUAGGAUAUACUACCGGGUAUGGAACAAUAAAUGGCUAUCCAGCAGGAACAGGCAUUUCAGCGUAUAAUCCCAUCAAACUUGAUUUGGGAGGUGUGGUAUUAGGAACUUUGGUUGGCAUAGGUGCUAUCAUUAUUAUACCGAAAAUAUUAAGUGCAUUCCAUGGUGGAUAUGCUGGAUAUGGCAGAAGUGAAAAUGAAAAUGAUUUGUCAUCAUUGACUAAUUUUAUGAAUAAACUCGAUGAUAUUUUGGGCCAAAAUAAUAUAGAUUCAACAAGUUGCAUGCAACGUGCUAUUUGCAGUUAUGUACGUUCAACUGAAUACAAUAUGAAGAUGGGUGCAUCUGAUCAAAUGGAUGAAUUUAUUCACAUGAUGUCUGAGAAUUCGCUGGUCGAUUACUUGUUGGAUGGCACUGCUAUUAAAGAGGCAUUAGAACAUGGCAAACAAAUUAAUACGAAACCAUGUGAAGAAGUCUAUAUUAAUUGCCCAUUGGACAGCAAGAAAGUAACCAGCAUGUUAAUUAAAUUGUUGCCAAAAAAGACAGCAACAACAAUAUCAUCGACAUCCACAAAUAAUAAUCAAUAAAAUUAUAUAAACGUAUUUUAAAACAUAAGUUACAAAUUUAUGUGUUUACAUUAAUUUUAUUUUAUGCUAAAGUCGAAUAAAUACGAAUAAAUUAUUAAAAAAAUUGUACAUAUAAGUAUUUUCAAAUUUAAUUAAUCCAUUAAGCUAGCUUAAUGAAAUGUGAAAACCGAACGAAAAGUCUAAAGAAACGUUUAGGUGGCCAUCAUGUACUUAAAAUCAUUUAAAACAAUUUAGCCCCAUUUGCAUAUUUAUGUGCCACACGUAAUAAAAAUACAUACACACAGAAAAAAUUA